AUGGUUCACGGUCAUGGCUGCGACUCUGCUCCUGGCAAAGGAUCUGCACAGCCCCAACCGCUCGGUGGAGACCAAGCUCGUGCCACCUCAGACGCUGAAGAACCCCCUUGUAGUGGUUACUCCCACUCUGCUCAACAACAUCAACAACAACAACACCACCAUCCUCAGCAGCACCAUGCCGAGAAAGUCCAUCAGCUUGACCUGCAGCAUGUCGUCGACGUCCCUCUCGACUCGGUCAGCGGCACACCUUCGACGACUCCCAGUCGUCGAUCCUCCACCGUUGCCGCAACGCUUGAUCUGCAUCAACCGCAUUCCCUAGAAGCGGAACAGUUGAUCUCCCAAUUUUCAAGUAACAUCACCACCGGUCUCUCCCAGGAUCAGGCGGCCGCUCGCCUCGCCGAGAAUGGCCCCAACCAGCUCAACGAGACCAACAAGGUCAGCGCCACCUCGAUCCUCAUCCGUCAGAUGGCCAAUGCGCUGACGCUCGUGCUGCUCGCCGCCAUGGCGCUGUCGUUCGGUGUCAAGGACUGGGUCGAGGGUGGCGUCGUCACUGCCGUCAUCGUCACCAACGUUCUCAUCGGCUUCAUCCAAGAGUACAAGGCCGAACGCACCAUGGCGUCGCUCCGCACGCUCUCGUCGCCCAACACCAACGUACUCCGAGACUCGGCUAUCAGACAGUUGCCUUCCAAGGAUCUUGUUCCUGGUGACAUUGUCCACUUCCGUGCCGGCGAUCUCGUUCCCGCCGACGUGCGGCUCGUCACCAUCAGCAACCUCGAGAUUGACGAAGCUCCUCUCACAGGUGAAUCGGUACCCGCGAUCAAGACCACCGCACCACUCACCCGGCCCCACCUUGGCCCCGCUGACCGAACCAACCUGGCUUACGCCGGCACGACGGUCACCAAAGGUCGCGCUGUAGGUAUCGUCAUUGCCACCGCGAUGAACACGCAGAUCGGUCAGAUUGCCACCGCUCUAUCCAAGAAGUUUUCUAAAGAGGACGGCGAAUGUCCUUGGUACAAGCGCACUUGGAACUCUAUCGCCACCUUCCUCGGUGUUCGCGAAGGCACGCCACUGCAGAUCAAGCUCAACAAAUUUGCUUACGUGCUCUUGUUCCUCGCCAUCGUCUGCGCCAUUAUCGUCUUUGGUGUCGCCGAGUUCGACAUCAACAACGAGGUCAUUUUGUAUGCCAUCGCUCUCGGAAUCGGUGUCAUCCCCGAGUCUCUUGUCGCCGUCCUCACCAUCACGUUUAGUGUCGGCGCCAAGCGGAUGGCUGAGAGCAAUGUGGUCGUUCGUCGCCUCGACGCCCUCGAGGCACUCGGUGGUGUCACGGACAUCUGCAGUGACAAGACCGGCACGCUUACGCAAGGCAAGAUGGUCGUCCGUCAGGGCUGGUCGUUUGCAGACGGCAAGCAGCAAAGCUUCGACGUCGAGCAGACUGGAGCCACUGCCUUCGAGCCCAAGGGGCGAGUGGUCCUGCCUCCUUCUGUCGACGCCGAACCUCAGCCUGUCGAGCACGACCAGCUGCCAGGAUCUAUCCGCAACCUCGCCACCGCUGCGUCGCUCUGCAACAUCGCCGAGAUCGAACAGCUCGAAGACGGUAGCUGGACCGCUCGUGGUGAUCCCACCGAGAUUGCGCUCCAAGUGUUUGCCACCAAGCUACACAUGUCGCGAGACUCGCUCACGCAUGUUGACUGUCCCAGAUACAGCCACGAGCUGGAAUUCCCCUUCGACAGCACUCUGAAGCGCAUGACGAGCGUCUACCGUCGCAACAAUCAGACUGUGCCCGAUCGAGUCUUUCUCAUGAAGGGCGCCGUAGAACAGGUCCUCGCUUGCUGUCAUACUACAGAUGAGACGGCUCGAAAGAUCAUUCUGGAGCACGUAGAGACAAUGGCUUCGCAGGGUUUGCGCGUGCUUGCCUUUGCCGAACGAUGCAUGGAUGACGUGCAGUAUAAAGACGAGAGCUCUCGCACUCGGUCUGCCUCGAACGCUGAGGACGCCGACGAGUUCGGCACCAUCAGCACGAGCGAGAAGAAGGUCACUGACGGUAAGGACGCAGGUCAGGGUCUGUCGCGCGCUGCUGCCGAGCAGGACUUUGUGUUUGUGGGUCUGUUGGGCAUCUACGAUCCUCCAAGAGCCGAGACUCGUGCGGCCGUCGAAGCCUGCAAACGCGCCGGUAUCGUGGUGCACAUGCUCACUGGUGAUCACCCUGCCACGGCCCAUGCCAUCGCCAAGGAAGUCGCCAUCGUCGACGGUACCGAGGGCGCUUCGGCAGUUAUGACCGCGGCGCAGUUUGACGGCUUGACGGAUUCCGAGCUCGAUGCGCUCGAGGACCUUCCUCUCGUGGUCGCGCGCUGCUCGCCGGCCACCAAGGUACGAAUGAUUGCUGCAGGCAAGCGACGCGGCCGCUACCUUGCCAUGACGGGCGAUGGUAUCAACGAUGCUCCCUCGCUCAAGCAGGCGCCUGUUGGAAUAGGAAUGGGCACGGGCACGGAUGUUGCCAAGGAUAGCUCGGACCUUGUGCUUACCGAUGACCGAUUCGACUCGAUCGUCAAGGGAAUUCGCGAAGGCCGAGCAAUCUUUGACAACAUCCAGCGUUUCCUCAUCGGUCUGUUGGUCGCCAACGUCGCCGAGGUGCUUCUGCUUCUCUGUGGUUUGGGUGUCCGCGACGCCGACGAAGAAUCAGUGUUCCCUUUGGCUCCCGUGGGUAUCUUGUGGGUCAACAUGGUGACCGCAUCUCUGCCAGCCAUCGGUCUCGGCCUCGAGCCUGGCGAGAGCGACAUCAUGGAGCGCCCGCCUCACGAUCUGCGUGCUGGUGUGCUCAGCCGCGCUGUCAUUGUCGACACGCUGGUCUACGGCACGACGAUGGGCAUCACGUGUCUGGUCGCCUUCCUGCUCAUGAUUUAUCCGAUCGGCGGUGGCAAGAUUGCGCUCGACUGCAACCACUCGUCGGCAGCGUCAUGCGAGCCUAUCUUCCAAGCGCGAUCUGCGGUGUUCACGACAUUGACGCUGCAGCUGCUGCUCAUUUGCUGGGAGCUGAUCAGUAUGGAAAAGUCCUUCUUCAGCAUGUCACCCGCCAAGCAUCUGUGGAAGAACCCGAUGCUGCUCUGGUCGGUGGUGUUUGGCAUUGCCACGAUCCCGAUCGCGCUGUACGUGCCCAAGUUCAAUACGGACGUUUUCCGGCAUGCACCGAUGGGCGGUGCUGGCUGGGGCAUGUCGAUCGCAAUGACGGUGGCGUUUCUUGCCAUCGUCGAGUUGUGGAAGGCGCUGGCACGACGAGGUCGCUGGCCAUGGCUAGCAAGGAUCUCGGGUGGUCAGCGUGGUCUCGCUCGCCGUCAGGCCAAGAAGCAGCUCGGUGAGAAGCCGAUGGGCCCGGUCUAG